AUGUCGGCAACUCAGCAAGAUGUGCAGACAGAGAAGGCCUUCCAGCGGCAGCAUGGGGCCUCUCAGCUGGCCCUUGCCCAGUCUAUGAAGAGAAGGGGAAAGGCGAGAUAUUGGAGGGAGGUAGGGUUGGGUUUCGCCACCCCUCGCUUGGCAAAGGAAGGCACAUACAUAGACAAGAAGUGCCCCUUUACUGGAAACGUCUCCAUUCGUGGUCGCAUCAUCAAGGGGAUGGUGAUUUCUGCCAAGAUGAAACGGUGUGUAGUGAUUCGCCGCACUUACUUGCACUUUGUGAGGAAGUACAAUCGUGUUGAGAAGCGUCAUAAGAACGUGACUUGCCAUCUCUCUCCAUGCUUCGAGCAAGUCAAAGAAGGUGAUAUCGUCACUGCUGGGCAGUGCAGGCCCCUGUCGAAGACUAUUCGCUUUAACGUGCUUAAAGUCGAAAGCAACCAAGUCUUCGGCAAUGUGCGCAAGCAGUUCCGUCUCUUCUAA